UAAAUGAAGCUUUUGUUAAGUAAACAAACAAACAUUUUGACAAGAACAUCAAACAAUAUAGAAAAAAAAGAAGUGAUAUCUUUAGGCUAACAAACCAUGAUGAGAUGCAAUAAGAAAAUUGAGCCAAAGUAUUCUCAAGCUAAAGAUAUCUUAAGAUCACUUGAAGUUAAUACUAAGUCACAAGUCUAUUUCAAAGUAUAAUUAUAAAAGUCUGUGCUGGGAGAGUAACAUACAGAUAUAGCUGAGUGAUCUAUGCUCUGCUUGUGGCCAUACACUUUUUAGUCACUUUCAUUAUCAGCAAUUUUAUCGACAAAGAUAAUUGUUAAACCAUGGCAAGCACAGUAAUAGAAGCCCCAUCUGAAAACCCCCUUGGACCCUGUCCUGCAUUUGUGUUUGGAGAUGUUUCUACAGCAGAGGCAGCCAUAAUUGUUAUUCAAGAAUGGUGGGGUGCAAACCAAAAUAUUAAAGAUGUAGCUAAACUUAUUGGAGAGAAAACAAAUUGUGUAACUCUAGUGCCUGACCUGUACAGAGGAAAGGUGGCACUAGAUAGAGAGACUGCUGGACACUACAGCAAAGACCUCAACUGGCCAGGGGCAGUUCAAGAUGUGGAUGCAUGUGCAAGGUAUCUGAAAUCUAAAGGCAUUAAAAAGGUAGGUGCCACCGGUUUCUGCCAAGGGGGAGCACUUUCCAUAGCAGUGGUGACCUUAUAUGACAGCGUGGAUGCUGCUGCACCUUUCUAUGGCAUCCCUCGCCCAGCUAACCUUACAUGUGACUACAGCAACAUAAAAGUACCACUACAGUGUCACUUUGGAGAGAAAGACCAGGCUGUGGGAUUCUCCAGCAAAGCAGACUAUGAGGCAUUUCAGGCCAAGCUGAAAGAAUACAAAGUGCCCCAUGAGUUCUACACCUAUGAUGCUGGACAUGCUUUUGCUAACAAAACCAAUAAAGAAAGUUUCAACGAGGAGGCCUACAACUUGAGUUUUUCAAGAAUGUUUGAGUUCUUUGAAAAGCAUCUCAAAAACUAAAUUCUUUUACAAUUUCAUUUGGACUCAGUUGUGCCAAUGUGUAUCAUAAACAAAAAAAAUACAUUUCAUUUAAUACAC